CAUUGGUGAAAUUAGCUAACGGUGCGAGUUGGACCAGUGCUUGAAUACUCGCGGCUACAAUUGCUUAAGACGUCGCAGAAGUACAAUGCACGGAAAUUAAAAAGAAGACAUCAUCGCAGGAACAAUUUUGUUUUAUUGGACUUAUUUGGGAUUGCGCUCUCAGUUAUGGAUACGUCAGUGCUAGAGAGGUCAUUUUCCCACAGCUAUGGAUCACCAGGCCUCCAUGGGUUUCAGCCUUACUCUAAUCCUUUUUCUGGCUUCGGAUACCCUUCUGCAUUUGCCUAUGACUAUUCAAGCCAGAGUUUAGGCAACAGACACCUCGCUUUCAGUGUUGAUGGUAUCUUAUCCUCCACUCAUACACCCACCGGUACAACGUCCACCAUCUCAUCGUCAUCUCCAAGUCAUAACAACAGUAAAGAUAGUGGAGACGAGGGAAAGGAAGGACAGGCAGCCAAAAGACGAAGGACGCGGACCAACUUCAGUGGAUGGCAGCUUGAAGAGCUUGAGCGGGCAUUUCAGGACAGCCACUACCCGGAUGUCUUCAUGAGAGAGGCUCUCGCUCUCAGGCUCGAUCUUGUAGAAUCUCGGGUUCAGGUCUGGUUCCAAAACCGCCGAGCAAAGUGGAGGAAGAAAGAGAAUACCAAGAAAGGUCCUGGAAGACCCGCCCAUAACGCACAUCCACAAACAUGCAGCGGUGAUCCUAUUGAACCUGAUGAACUCAAGAGAAGAGAACAAGAACGUGGCGAGAGAAAACGACGAAAACAGGAGGAACGAAUGAGAAGGAAUGAGGAACGGAAGAGAGCACAGCUUUCAGGGAAGGCACUCAGUUUCCGCAGUGACGACUGCACCUCACGUGACUCUUUCCUCACUUCCAGUGGUGAGGGUGAAAUAGACGUUGUCGGUGAGGAGACGGCAAGAGACCAAUUUGACGCAGAAAAUAACAAUGUUGUUGAUUUUUCGAAAAACAGAAAGGAUUGUUCGGAUAGGAAGUUGAAUGAUGAUUUGACCGAGUCGCAAAAACAAGCGAAUAAACUGAAAAGUACUUAUAGUAUAGCAAGUAUUUUGGAAGCGCCGAAAGUGCCUCGUGGCAGACGACCGAACUCUAAGUAUCCACGAGUCCAGGCUAGCAAAUCUAUGAACCCGUUAUCAUUUGGUAUGGUGCCCCUGUAUCCAAUCACACAGCCAGUUGGUUUCAUGGUUGAGCAGGCCCCAAGUCCUCCAGCCUCACCGAAUCCGUCAAAUCUGGACAUUCUAGAACAUGAAUUAACUCUGGAGAAACCCACCGCCGAGAACUUUUGCAAGGACGAUUGCAAAUGCAAUGAUAGUCAGGACACUAAGACGGUAGCUGUCAAUGACCUUGAACAAAAUGAGGACAACUCAGACAAUAAAAAGCCCGUUGUACAAAACACAGGGUAUAAGGAACCAGAAAAACGGGAUUGUGAUUAGCGCUUUAGCGGUUUCCGUAAAUAUGCUCUAGCCUGUUUAUGACAAUCCCAUAAUGCAUAUACAUGUAUGUAUUCAUUACAAAAAUGGCUUUAGUAUUUAUUUUGUGCCCAGCCUUUGCAACCUAUCAACGUUGAGUGGGGUGGUCGGAGAAGCUGGCCAAGCUGGGCACAUUCAAAGUAUUGAUACGUGUAUUUCAUUUGACGUGAUAGAAAGUCUUCGAAAGAAGAACGGUCUGUAUUCAUCAAAAGUAUUCCAGCUACGUGCAUUAUUUUUGGGAGAUACAGCUAUUCUUUAGAGCAAUGUCAUUGUUCAUUUGGAGUUCUUCUACUAGUAUGUAUCAUAAUUUCACCACGAGUAUUGAGGGGAAGGAAAUAGCUGAGAAAUCACACUGAUAGGUCGUCACAUACUCUCAUUUUACCUAUCUAAGACCGCUUUAAUGAUUACUACAAUUUCGACAUAAAGACAAUAACGCAUUAUGGCGUCAUGACCAUCGGACCACUUGGUGUCGCCAAGCAAUUUUAAUUUAAAAAUUGUCUGUCCAAAUUCACAUAUUUAAUCAAUCAAGCUACCAUUGUCAGUUACUUGAAUAUCAAGAAACGGUCUUAGAUAGGUGAAACUGGAGUAGAUGAAUGAAUACAUAAGCGAUAUGAGUAAGUACUUAGGUAAUAGAACCACUCAGAAACAAUGCAUCUGUAUGGCCAGUUGUCGAAUUUCCAAACACGAUUCAUUAAAUAAUUACAUGAUAUUCUACAUUGAAAAUAAGUAUUGGACAAGAACAGCUUAGACGAGGAAUGACAAAUUGAUAUGUUAAUGCAAACUUUAAUUAGAUUGUAAUUACAAUUUUUUGAUUUUGACUGUUUAUUGUAUCGAUACGAAGUUGUUAAUGCAAUGAGUCGCUGACAUUUUUUAAAGAACUAAACCAUUUCAGUAGGCAUUGUGUUUUAUAUGUGUGAAAUGGCUUCAACCGACAGAGAAAACAAGGUGAAAGUCAUAGUACCUCUGUGAGUAAGGCUACUGAGAGCGUCAACAUUACAAUUCAUUGACGACCGCAUUUAUUGUAUAUGUCAAAGCUGUGGAUGUAAAUAGUUCGUGCUUUUUAUUCUAUGUAUCAAAUAUGCCAUAUGAAUAAAUA